AUGAGGACCUUCCAGCUACUUGGUACUAAGACAUUGGUGCUGGAUGAAGGAGAAGCAAUGCGGCAUACCCUUGAACGCAUGGGGGGGCAUGACCUGGCUUGGGCGAUGAGCAAGACAAUCACAGCAUCCGAUACGAAGAAGGGUCAGAGUAGGCUUCUCAUCCCCAAAGAGAAGGGGCUGUGGGACCAGUUGUCGGAGGAGGAGCAGAUGGAGCUGCGGAGAAGAGGCUACGUUGAAGUUGAAGUGGUGGAUCCGAGAGGGAACAGGCAUGAGAUGAAGUUGAGUCAAUGGCCUGCUGGGCGUAAUCUUGUGUUGAAUUCUGGAUGGAACGACCUUGUGAGGGAUAAUAAACUGGAAGCGGGGAUCCAUUGUACGCUGUGGAGUUUUAGAGUGGGUUUGAGGCUUUGCUUUGCAUUGUGUGUCUAG